ACCUUUAAUUUAAACCCGGAACAAACGGCUGCUCGGUGUUUUUAUCAGGACUGUAAACAAAGAGUGGACACGCAGGAACCGAGGAGGCAGGAGAACAGAUUGCGGGACUGUGAGGUUCACCUGCCGGCAUCUGGAAGCAGACAUGAAGCCGAACAGGAGGGCACGACGUUAGCCAACACCUCUGUUUUAUGGUGUUAUUUUCUUUUAACGGCUGCCUUUUUUUAUUUAAAAAGCUUUUAUUUCGUUUUUUAUAAUAUUACUCCAAGUUCCAAUGAAGGGCUCCGUCUCUUCCAGCGGCGGGAGGAGGAGCGGGAGCAGCGGGGCGGCCGGGCUGCUGUACCCGCUGCUCGGUGCGUGUCUCUGGGCUGCGGUGGUGGGGUACAAGCCGGUGAUCAUAGUUCACGGUUUGUUCGACAGUUCAGGGGAUUUUAAAAACUUGCAGCGGUUCAUCAACGAGUCUCAUCCUGGAACAAACGUGACGGUCAUCGACUUGUUUGACAGAAGCGCCAGCCUGGAGCCCAUGUGGAAACAGGUGGAGGGGUUCAAGUCAGCUAUUUACCCCAUAAUGCAAAAUGCAGCCGACGGGGUCCACUUCAUCUGCUACUCUCAAGGUGGGCUGGUCUGCAGAGGGAUCCUCUCCACUCUGUCCGACCACAACGUCCACUCCUUCAUCUCUCUGUCGUCGCCUCAGGCCGGCCAGUACGGAGAUACAGACUACCUGAAGUACCUCUUCCCUCAGUUUGUCAAGUCCAACCUUUACCACCUCUGCUACACUGCUAUAGGUCAGAGGAUCUCCAUCUGCAACUACUGGAACGACCCUCACCACAGAAACCUGUAUGUGAACAGCAGCGAUUAUCUGGCUUUACUCAACAGCGAGAGACCAAAUCCAAAUUCAACAGAGUGGAAGAAGAACUUCCUGAAAAUCCAGAAGCUGGUGUUGAUCGGAGGCCCAGACGAUGGAGUCAUCACUCCUUGGCAGUCGAGUCACUUUGGUUUCUAUGACGACAACGAGACAGUUGUUGAGAUGCAGCACCAAGACUUGUAUCUACGAGACGUGUUCGGCCUGAAGACGCUGGCGGCUCGAGGAGAUCUGAUCAUCUGCUCAGUUCCUGGCGUCGAACACGUCUGGUGGCACUCCAACGAGACGGUGUUCCACACAUGUAUGGAGAAGUGGUUGGUCUAGAACGAAACCACACACACACACACAGACACACACAUCACAUACAUACUGUACAGUUUGUAGGCUUCUAACCUCCAAAAUGUGUGAAGAUUCACCUCCACGACCAGCGUGGAAGAGCCUCACAGAGGACGUAAACUCAGUUUUACUUUCUGUUGAGGAGGUUUUUGUUGUUGGAGUUUAAUUUUUGUCUUUUUAGGUCACUUUUAAAAGAGUAGAUUGACAUUUUGGGAAAUAAGUUUUUUGUUCUCCGCCCUCAUUCCUGCACGGUAAAGCUGAAUCCACUGAGCUCUCAUCCACUUAGCUUAGCUUAGCUUAACACAAAAACUGGAAACAGCAGCAAACGGAGAGUCUGAAGGUGAUAAAAUCUGCACAUCAGACCCUC